AUGAGCACCCAGACGCAAACGGAAACAAUCGUGCUACAGACAAGAGCUUCUAUCGAAGCGAUUCCAGCCGAGAAUGAGACAUCCCAAGAUUUAAGCCAAGAUUCAAGCCCCCAAGAUCCAAAAUGGAUGUAUGCCAAAAUCCUCAGCGCAGGAUUUUCAUUUUUCGUCGCGGGGGUCAACGACGGAAGUCUCGGAUCGCUCAUUCCAUACGUGAUACGCACCUACGACGUCGGGACGAACAUGGUAGCCGUACUAUAUGGCACAACCUUCUGCGGCUGGCUAAUCGCCGCCUUAACUAACGGCAAACUAACUCAAUACCUAGACCUAGGCCUGAUGCUCGGUCUAGGUGCCGUCAUCCAAAUCGUAGCCCAUGUAUUGCGAGUCUGGGAACCCCCAUUUGCACUGUACGCAAUAACAUUCUGUCUCGCAACCUUGGGCCAAGCCUACAAUGACACCCAUGCCAACACUUUCGUCUCGACGCUGAAUGGUGCGCAUCGCUGGCUCGGCUUUAUCCACGCUAUGUACAUGGCCGGGUGUCUGGUUGGACCGUUUGUAGCGACGGCCAUAGCAUCGGUGACUGUCGAUUCGAAGUGGUCUCUGUUUUAUCUUGUCCCGGUUGGCCUGAGUGUAGCGAAUCUUACGUUUGUGGGUGUUACUUUCCGGGAUCGGAUGCCUACUCCGGCUGUUUACAGGAAGUCGAGGGGAGAUGGGACUGCUCCAAAGUCUGCACUCAAGGAGAUUAAAGAUACACUUUCUACACCUGUGGUUUGGCUGCUGAGCUUAUUUUUCUUCUUCUUUCUUGGUGCUGCUAUUACCGCUGGAGGCUGGACGGUCGAGUAUCUUGUCAAGGUCCGCAACGGCGACCUCAAAUCAAUGGGUUAUGUUCCGGCCGGUUACUAUGGCGGUGGCUUUUUAGGACGUCUUCUCCUCGCCGAGCCUACGUAUAGAUUGGGCGAGCGUAGAAUGAUCUUUGUUUAUGCUGUGCUGAGUGUUGGUUUGCAAUUGGUUUUCUGGCUUGUUCCAAAUAUCAUCACCGAGGCAGUAGCAGUCAGUUUAUUGGGAUUCUUCUCUGGUCCUUUCUUCGCAACAGGGAUAUCCGUCGGCACAAAAAUAUUCCCCCCAGAGAUCCGCUCUACGGCAAUCGCAUUCGUCUUCGUACUCGGUCAAAUCGGUGGAUCUGUCUUUCCUGCUCUGACAGGUGUCAUCGCAGCACGGGUUGGUGUCAAAGUCCUACAACCUAUUCUUGUUGGUUUGCUCAGUGCCGCUGGUUCACUCGUUACAGCUCUAUGGGCAUGGUCCUACUGGGCCAGUGCUAGUGCCAGUGCCCACACAUUUCCUGAGCGCGACGUCCCUGCUGUCAUUAGCAUGGAUCUCUAUGGCUCUAAAAUAUCUAAGCCGCUACAGAAAAGAGACACUGCAACUCUAGCGACCAAUGUGUUGAACGAGACGGCAUAUUUCAUCAAUGUCUCAAUUGGUACACCACCGCAGCCCAUAGGCAUGUUGGUAGACCUCCUAAUCCCCGAGCUAUAUGUCAUGACCGAAGACACAAACUACGAAAACUCGAAAUGCCCGGAGAAUAACCUUUGCUCCGCAUUUGGAUCAUACAAUAUCAGCGAAUCGUCCAGCAACAGCACCAUAAAAAUUCCAAGUGAAUAUAAGUGGGCAUCUCCAUACACCGUACCCUCGGACAUCAUCACUAUUGGAGGGACACAAGUAAAGGAUGUCGGAUUAUCCCUUACACAGGUCGCUUAUGAAAACUGGAACAAGAUAGGUGUAUCUCCAGAAAACACCUCAUUCCCCUACCAACUAGUCGAUCGGGAAUUAAUCCGAUCCCCCUCCUUCAGCAUCUGGGGCAACACAUCCGAAAGCGGAGGCGCAGGUAUGAUAUUCGGCGGUAUCAACAAAGCGAAGUAUCACAGCCCAUUACAGGCAUUCGGCUUUAACAUAACCACCGGACUGGUAUCCCUCCCACUCUCCCGAUUCCAAGUACAAACAGACUCAAACGUCCCAACAAAUUACACCAUAUCGAGUCCGAAACCAUACAAGCUGAGCACUCAAUACAUCACAACAACCCUUCCCAAGGAUAUACUACUACAAAUGUACAAGGACUACAACAUCUCCUUUGUCGGAUGGAAAAACCACGACCCCGAUUUCGGAAUGCUUCCCUGUUCACGCAAAACGGAAAACCAUACUGUUUCUCUAGUAUUCGGAGACGCCACGAUCUCCGCACCCUGGAGCAAUCUCAUGCGUGAAAUGGACCCCCAACGCCCGGAACGCUGUACCUUCCUCGUCCAACCGGAAGACGACGAGGACGAUACCUUCGCAGGUACGAUCGGGACCAGUUUCUCGGACCAUAUGUAUAUGGCGAUCAACUACAAUAAUGCUUUUGUUGGGGUUGCUGCGUUGAAUGGAAAUCCGGGGCCGGACGAUAUUGUGGAGAUUGGAGAUGGGCCGGAGAUCCCCGAUGCGGUGGGGGAUUUCCCCACGUCUAUUGUGCCGUAUAGAAAGCCAACACCGACACCGACGUCGACGUCGACGGGGUUGGCUUCUAUGCCGACUUAUAUGCCAGGUGGGAUGUUUGUUGGUGUUGCGGGUGCUGCUUUGGUAGCGGUGUUUUAA